GGAAUCGAGCAGGCGUGGCUCCGCUCGGCCAGACUCUCACGUGGGCCUGAAGUGUUGUGUUCCGGAGGAAUAAUGGAGGAACGCACGAGAAACUGGAGCAAGUGAUUCUCGAACAUAAACAUCAAUCCCCCCAAGUGAAGACUCUACAUAACCAUCUAGUAAAACAUCAUCCUCAUGGAUUUCUCUAUAGACCUUCAUUGUUGAUGUGGACAAAAGCAGCGGAGCAUCUGGAUUGCGGAUCAGAGCUUCAGUAGAGGUGGGCAGCGGUUGGAGGAGAAUCUGCAGCGGGGCAAUGCUGGGAGGAGACGGCUUUCAUGAUGGAGAAGAGGAGAACUCUUCUCCAGGCUCCAGCAAGUGUGUGGGGCAGAUGGACCUAACUAACAUUGGGCAGGCCCCCGGGACCAGCGGAAGCAGAUCCAGAUGUGGUUCAGGUGAGGAGGAGGAGGCUGAGGGGCAGCGAGGAAGAACCACCAGAGGUGAAAGCCCAGCGGGGUGUGAGCAGACGCACGAGGAUGUGGACAUGAACAGCGGCCACGACUCCAGCAGCGGAAACGACAGCGUUGGAGGCUCGCGACAUCAUCACUCCUCGGCCAAUUGCAGCCCUGGAAGCACCACGGGAUCAGGAAGCACCAAGAGCUCAAAAUCUGCCACUGGUUCGUCAUCGUCCAGCUUUCACAGCGCUCCUCACACGGUGUGCAGUGAGCAGACGGAGCUGGGCCGUGAGCAGACGCACCGGGAGAUGAUGCAGACGGUGCAGGAGAUGAAGAAACGGCUGCCGUCUGAGAAGAAAAGCCGCAGCAAAGCCAGUACUGUAGAGGCACUGAACUAUGCACUGAACUGUGUCAAACAAGUACAAGCAACAAGUGAGUACUACAACUUACUAAUGAGCAGCGGACUGGAGGAAAGACGAGCAGCUACUGUGUGCAAGCUGGAGGAGCUGGAGGAAAUCACUUCAGAACACACACUGAAAAACACUGACACGUUUGUGGUGGUCUUCUCUCUGGCCUCGGGGAAGAUGGUUUACGCAUCCGAACAGGCCUCCAGCGUGCUUCACUGCAAGAGGAAGUUUCUGGAAUCUGCCAAGUUCGUGGAGCUGCUGUACCAUCAGGACGUCAAUGUGUUUUACUCGCACACGGCUCAACCGCGGCUGCCGCCCUGGAACGUGUGCACAGACAGCGCGGCGGUUCUGUUCGAAUGUGCCCAGGUCAAGUCCUUCUUCUGUCGAAUCAGAGGAGGGAAGGAUAGAGAUGGAGAAAUGCGUUAUAGUCCCUUCCGGAUCACUCCGUACCUGCUGAAGGUUCAGGGAUUGAGCGGAGAGGAGGAGCCGUGCUGUCUGGCCCUGGCCGAGCGCAUCCUCUCAGGAUAUGAGGCCCCUCGCAUUCCCGUAGACAAGCGCAUAUUCAGCACGACUCAUUCACCAGGCUGUGUCUUUUUAGAAGUGGAUGACCGAGCGGUGCCUUUGCUCGGCUACCUCCCCCAGGACCUGAUCGGUACCUCGGUUCUGACCUGCUUGCAUCCAGACGACCGUCUGCUCAUGCUGGCCAUGCACCGCAAAAUUCUGAAGUACGCGGGCCAGCCUCCGUUUGAACACUCGCCCAUCCGCUUUCGGUGUCAGAACGGCGACUACAUCACCCUGGACUCCAGCUGGUCCAGCUUCAUCAACCCUUGGAGCCGAAAGGUGGCCUUCAUCAUCGGCAGGCACAAAGUUCGCACUGGACCUUUAAAUGAGGACGUUUUCGCUGCGCGGAGUAAAGCCAAGCAUCCAAUCAUGUGUGAGGACGUGAAAGAGCUGCAAGCCAUGAUCUACAAGCUCUUCCUUCAGCCGGUUCAUAAUAAUGGAUCCAGUGGCUAUGGCAGUCUGGGUAGUAACGGCUCCCACGAGCACUACAUCAGUGUGGCGUCGUCCAGCGACAGUAACGGAAACCUCUGGGAUGAUUCGCACAGAGAACCAAUGUCUUUGCAGCGGUUUUGUGCUGAUGUCAAUAAAGUGAAGAAGUGGGGCCAGCAGGCGUAUCUGGACUCCCAGAGGAAGCUCACAACUUUAGGACCAGCCCCUGCAGUGGCGGCAGCAGGGGUUCAUCAUAACACGAGUCAGGGUUUGGGAAUUCGAGGUCAUCUAAAGCAGUCUCUGCAAGACGCGCGGAAGCAGCCACACAUUCCAUCGUACCAGCAGAUCAACUGUGUGGACAGCAUCAUCAGAUAUCUGGAGAGCUGUGCGACAUCUGCUCUGAAACGAAAGAGUGAAUCUUUGUCCAUAACUACAUCUUCCUCUUCCUCCAUGUCUGAGGAAGACAAACCUGCAGCGGCAGCACAUGACGACACUGUGAACACUGACGAAGCUGCGCUGGAAGGCGCCGGUGCUCUGGACGGCCAGGUGUCUGCGGGUUCGGCCACGACGGCAGCGGUGGUGGGAGCGCCGCUCACGGACAUCACAAUCUCCACAGAAGCCAUGAGCGUGGUGUCCGUCACCAGUCAGUGCAGUUACAGCAGCACCAUAGUGCACGUACCCCAGCCCGAGUCAGAGGUCACUGCCUUAGAAGAUGCUCCAAUGGGGAGCGAGCCAACAGACUCCGCCCCCACCCCUGCUCGCCCCGCCCCCAGCACCUCCUCAGAGGCGCAGGAGGAGUUACUCCUGGUGGGUCUUACUAAAGAGGUGCUGUCGGCCCACACGCAGAAGGAGGAACAACAAUUCGUGGAUCGUUUCCAACAUUGUAUCCUGCAGAGUCCCUACAGCUCCUACCUCCAGCAGGACAACAGCAGCAGGGCCCAUUCUCACCACAGAGCUGAUGUUGUGCGUCCUCCGAACAAACACAAGCGUCCCAAACCAGAAGACUCAUCCGACAGCUACGGCUCCCAGCCGGGCAACUACUGGUCACUUCCCGGCCCCACCGGAGCGCCUCAUUCCUCCUGGCCUUCCUCCGAGUCCUCUCAUCCCCCACCGUCCAACAUCGGCUUUGUGCCGCCCAAGGCAGUGCCCAUGCAAACAGCCCCUUACUUCACCGUGGUCGGUGCGGAUCAGCAGCCCAUGGUGGUCCAGCCUGACCAAGUUGUCCAGAACCUCUAUCCCAUGACUCCCACAAUGAUCGUCCUGCUUCCUAGCUACCCCAUGUACCCUGGGAACAAUGGCAUGUACCUGCAUGGGAUGCCCGUCCCAGCACCCGGAAUUGUUCCCCAGCCUCCCUUUAACUUGGGAGGCUUCGUCCCGCCUGGUGGACAUGUGCCACAUGUGUCUCCAUCACAGGGCCAUCCUCCAGGUCCCACCGUCACAGGAGUCGGGAUGGCACAGGAUGCUUCAGCAGAGGUCGACUCAAUACCUGCCCCUUGGUUUGGGGAAGAACUUGAUGCAGCACAGCCCACGGCGCUCUUCUCCAGCUCUCGCUCCAGCUCGCCCAUCCAGCUGAACUUACUCCAGGAGGAGCUGACCAAGCCCACCGAAGCCCAGCACAGCACCGGUCCAGAGAGUCUGCAUGAACACCAUGCCAAAGCGGAGGACGCUCCCAGCGACUCGUGUCAACAAGACGCCCAUUCCACCUCCAGUGAAUUGCUGGACCAGUUGCUGCAGGAGGACGCCCGCUCAGGAACCGGCUCAAAUGUCUCGGGCAGUGGCUCCGGAGAGUCAGGAGGCUCUCUGGGCUCCGGGUCGAACGGGACGUCCACCAGCCACACAGGCAGCAGCAACAGCAGCAAGUACUUCGCCAGCAACGAUUCAUCGGACACAUCGCGAAAAGCUCGCAAGUCCGCAGAAGCCCAGGAACUUGAGCGUACGACCUUCACAAAGCACGUGGAAAAUCCGUUAUGGAGCAUGAUCAAGCAGACGCCCGAACCCGUCAUGAUGACCUAUCAGAUCGGCCCCAGGGAUCAGGCGCAGGUUCUUCAGGAAGACCGGGAGAAGCUGCUUCUGAUGCAGCCCAUGCAGCCCUGGUUCACCCAGGACCAGAAGAAGGAGCUGUCCGAGGUUCAUCCCUGGAACCAUCAGCACACGCUCCCACACGAGAUCAACACACAGUGUUGUGUGAGUUGUACCACCAUGCAAGCGGGCGAGGACUCUCCAAGCCCUCCGACUCCUGACAGCUCCUGUCCGCAAGACUGUCCGUCUCAGGACACCAGACCCGACACCGACACCUGACCGCAGACCCUGCCGGACCUCCGGCCCUCUGGGACUCUCAGCUGGGAAUCGUGGGAAGCGACGGAAGACUGCGUCUGUGUGCCACUGUCUCAUAUUUCCUCCUGAAGUCAUGAAAUGAGGCAAACCCUUUGCACUGGAUCAGACCACGUCCGCGUGAGUUUGGACACCCGCAGGAGACGGACAGUUAGCGGCGGCCGUCACAUGACCAUGGAUUUCUCUCUGCUGUUCUCCGUUACAGUCCAUGGACCCAAACAGCUGUGAAUAUCAGACUUUAAAUUGGUACUGAUGUAAACAGUGUGGGUCAAAUGUUUUUUUUUUGUUUUCUUUGUUUGCUUGCUUGUUUUAAGAAAACUUUUGGUUAAUUAAUAAUGUGUCCUCUACUGAAUCUUGUAGUGUCAGGAGGGUUCAUGAUCUCCCAGAAUUACCUGAAAUGAGUUUCCUCACCACUUGUGCAGAUAUAAAUGCGUAUGAAUGUCCCACAGUGCUGCAACAUCCUGUGCAGUUACUAAAGAACAUAAGCAUCCACCGCCAAAAACUAAAAGCGUCUACAAAUGGAAAUGAAUGAUGUUUGGUCCAGAACACAAAGAUUUUCAUUCGUCAUUGAGCUCAUCCAAUCCGAACGGCCUUAAAUUAGUUUUUCCUUUAGUGUGUUUUAUUUUUCUGUUCUCAAUUUCAAAUGUUUCUUCCACUGUGCAUGAGACUAAACGAUGUCAAGCAAUGUCUUACUAUGGUAUAUAUAUAUAUAUAUAUAUAUAUAUAUAUAUAUAUAUACUAUGGUAAAUAAAGUAAUGGUGUAAUUGGAAAAUACAGACAUUUUCUCUUUUAUGUCGGGUUGAUAGCUGAACUUGUACCUGGGUCACAUUUCACCAUAGAACAAACUAAAAUAAAAUAAAAUUUACAUAAAAAAAAAAACCAUGACAAUUUUAGAACCAUUUAUUUUCAAUAUAUGAAUUUAGCAGAAAACAAAUCUGAAUAAUUGUGAAAAUGCAAAAACAGCAAUGUAUUCUUAUUGGUUCUUAAAAUGUAUUAUUAUUAUUAUAUUUUCUGAUAUUUCUUUUGAAUUGUGACCUAAACACUCUUAGAAAAAGGUACAAUAGCUGUCACUGGGGCAAUGCUAUUUAAAAGCUACACCUUGGUAUCUUAUUCACCACUACAGGGUCCGCAUUAAUAGCUCAAAGGUAUAUAUCUUACUAUCUCUACCUUUAUUUCUGAGAGAGUAAGUAUUUAAAACUUCUCAAAUCCAUCACAAGGUAACCAAAAAAAGACUCUUUGCCAUUUACCGUACAUCUUUUUUUUUUAUUUAUUGAUCUGUUGUGUUCAGAAAGGUGUGUGUGUGAGUGUGAGUCAUUGAGAGUGUGUUUCCUGUGGUGUUCUGUUGUCAGAAUAGAUUUAGUCCCUUUCUGGUUUUUAGGUUGUUACAGAGAACUCCCCGAGGCCCAAUUACUGAGCCGUCAGUCCCACCGGACAGAAAACCUAUGAUUUGUACAGUUUUGUGAUCAAAGAGAUGUUUUGUACAGUUUUUAGAAAGAAAUGUAAAUAUCGCUCCAAUGUAUUUUACGAGAAAAAAAAAAACUGUAUUAAAAAACAAAAACAUUUUGUGUCAAAUUCAGGGAAAUAUUUUGUGACACCACAUGAUAACUAUGAAUAAAACACCACUAUGACUUAAA